AAGGGGUUAAUCAAUACUUGAUUGUGAAUAAGUGGUUACAUUUUGAAAUUUGACCGUAUUGGCGAUUUCAAAAUAGUUUUAUUGAUCAUUCCGCCAUGUACGUUGGGUUUUAGCCAUUUGCAUUGGAUAUUAUAUAUCAGGUCUGAUCAAUCGAUUUUGCUUAAUACGUGCGUACUGAAGACACCCACUGAAUACAGCUAUGUCGAAAGUUGGUCAGGCACCCACCGGCCCUCCCCCUCCUCAGGGAUACGUGGCUGCAGCGCAGCCAGGGUAUGGACAGUACGGUCAACCCGGCUAUGGGCAACCGGUCAUGGGUCAACCCGGCUAUGGACAACCCGGUGCACAUGCUGGCCACGCCGUGCAUGGACAGCAAGUCAUCUUGGGUCAGCCCGGUAUGCCAAUGGCCCAUCCCGCGCCAGUAGUGUGGAUGCCUAUGCCAGCCGGGAUCCCAGGGUGCCCCCAGGGCCUUGAGUACCUCGCACAGAUUGAUCAGAUACUCGUGAAGCAAAAGAUCGACAUGUUUGAGAUGUUUACUGGGUGGGAACAAAAGAACAAGUACAAGCUGUUGAACAGCGUUGGGCAGCAAGUAUACUCUGCGAAAGAAGAGUCCGGCGCCUGUGAAAGGCAGUGUUGCCAAUCCAACAGGGGGUUUACUAUGCACAUCACAGACAAUGCAGACAAGGAAGUGAUCAGGUUAGAGCGGGAGUUCCGUUGCUGGAAGGACUCUUGCUGGUUCGCAUGCUGCAGCUGCUGCGCCCAUCUGAUCAAAGUAGAGGCGCCCGUGGGAACGACAGUGGGAUAUGUGAAACAAAAGUGCAGUCCGUUUCCUCCAAAGUUCGCCAUUCUGGACGAUGACAAAGACGAGGUACUCUCCAUUGAAGGGCCUUGCUGCAUCAUUCCGUGUACUGACGUGGAGUUCAAGGUGAUCUCGCCCAAGAAUGGCGCCGAGGUCGGGAAGGUCACGAAGCAGUGGUCGGGAAUGGCCAGGGAAUUAUUUACUGACGCGGACAACUUCGGCAUCUCAUUUCCCAUGGAUUUGGACGUCAAAAUGAAGGCAACUAUGCUUGGGGCGUGUUUCCUGAUUGAUUUCAUGUACUUCGAGACGAACUCCAACGACAACCACCACCACUUUUAGAGCCCCGAAUCUUGGAGGAAAACAGGGUUUACUUCAUGUGUCUAAAGUACGGUCACGUAUAAGCCUGUGCUGUCCGCACAGGUUAAUCAGGGACCACACAUUCCGCAUUUAUGACAUUGUUUGUUAAAAGAAAGUAUCUUCUUGGCGAAAAUCAAGUUUAGCGGGAAAUCGUCGUCCCUGAUACGCCUCUGCGAACUACACAGGCUAAUUUAGAACGAUACUUUUCGCACAAACAUUAAACCUCAUUAUCCUGAGCGCGGCUCAUGUGCGAGCAGAGUCAACAUUCGCAACAGGAACAGGAUCCAUACUAUCGGCAAAAAACUGAUACCAGCAUACAACACUGAGUCUUCAAUCGCCAAGUGUCGUUUAAAAUAAAAUCCGUGAAAAUACUGAGUUUUCAUGAAUUCUUGUCGUUAAAUAGUUCUGUCUCUUUCAGUGUUUUAUUUUGAAAUCUUAUUUAAAAAGUAACAUUUAGUGUACGUUGUCAUUUCAUUAUUUCAUACAUUGUAGGAUAGAAUGACAAUACAAAGCAAACUGUGAUAAAAUUGUUGAACACUUUACACUUCUAUACAGGUUCUGUUUGAUGUAAUAUUGUAAAAUAUGACAAUCUUUUAAACAGCCCUCGUAACGGGCAACGUAUUAUAACUUUUUUUUGUUAACUUAAAAGAUAUAAAGCAAUAAUAACAUAUCGAUUGUUUAACUUUAAAUAUGUUUUUUAAUCAUCAAUUACUGCAAUUCGUAUGUGUAUUGUUAGAAUGUUUUAUUGUAUUUUUAUCGCUACAGAAAUAGUACACAACAACAUUUAGUUCUGUAACGUAUAGUUUUAUUUCAUAAAACGACUGUUCGAGCAGGAAUCGACGUCCUGUUUUGCAUGGUUAAUCUUUACAUCAUCUAAAACUCCAUGUAGUUAGGUCAGAGAUUUGCAGUAGCGUCUGAGAUAUUAUGGGUCGCGUUCUGAGAAAACUGGGCAUAAUGCAUGUGCGUAAAUUGUCGUCGCAGAUUAGCCUGUGCAGUCCGCACAAGCUAAUCAGGGACGACACUUUCCGCUUUUAUGACAUUUUUCGUUUAAAUGAAGUCUCUUCUUAGCAAAAAUCCAAUUUAGGCGGAAAGUGUCGUCCCUGAUUAGCCUGUGUGGACUUUACGCACAUGCAUUAUGCCCAGUUUUCUCAGAACACGACUCUUAUGUUAACAUAAAUAACCAUACCGACAAUAUAACGUUGUGACGUUAGUGUGCUUAUGAAAUCACUUGUACUUGUACAAUACAUUGUUGUUGUUUUCUAAUAUUGAAAUACUAUGUUUGAGUUUCUUCGUGUUUGACCAGAUUUAUAUGCGACAUAAACAUAUUUUAUAUAAACAAAGUAAAUAUAAUCAGCAUAAUUAAUUUAUAACUCGUUGUAUUUUCAAAUGCUUUUUUUGCUUCAUGGUUAGAGUGUAUAAACAUAUCAAGAUUCCAUUUAUACGUGAUGACCAAAAGCAUAUAACAUCUCAUUCGUAUCACCACCUUUUAUAAUAACUAAGAAACGGACCAGCCUCAGCUACUUUGAGUAUGAGGUAACGGAUACAGAUAUAAAAUAAAGAUACUAAUAAUAUGACUUGCAAAUUAUAGAAGUAUUCAUUAACCCAUUUAUACCUAGUGGACUCUCCCAUUCUUCUGAAUUGCAUCAAUUUAUUUCCAAAAUUAGGGAUGUCUAGUAUAUUUAUUUCUAUAUUUAGAAUAUUUCUUACAGAAAUUCCUUUAAGCAAACAGCACAGACCUUGAUGAGAAGCUGCAUCAUGCGGCGUCUCAUCUGGGUCUACGCUGUGUGCCAAGGCCUUUUUCUAGACGCUAGGCAUAAAUGGGUUAACACUGUAUUCGGUCUUAAAUGAUUAACUUGUUUUUAUUUAUUAUUACUCAAUAUGUGUAUGAAACGUUUAUGUACGAAACACCUUCCAUAUAAUCGUGCGAUAUGUUGAACGAUAAUUUUGUCUGUCCACUUGUCGGAUGUGCUAUUAUUUUGUACACGUUUGUUUUUCCAUUUUUGUCGAAAUAAACAUUAUAAUUGUA